UGGAAAGCACUUCGACCUAACUCGGCCUUUCUUUUCCUUUACGAACAGCGAAUUCACAAGCAACGCCCGUCAAUCAAUGUUGUUUACUUCACGCCCAAAACGAAGGAAUGAAGUUUGGGCUGAGCACAACCAGCAAGCACAACAAGAGGAAGCCUCCUGAGCUUUCGUUGAGUAUCAAAUUAUCCUGGUCAAGAAUUUCCACCAGGACGAACGUUGUCAACUUGGAAGAAAGUCGACUGGUUGGGUUUUGUCACAAGUGCUUUGCUCUGUUUCUCACAAGAUGAACAACGACCCGGACCGGGGAAGUGGGGCUUCAACACCAGAGCCUCCGGGAAAAAUUGAGUCUUUCACACAUGAAGUAGAUGGCGUUAUAGAACUCAUGAAAGAGAAUGUGGACCGAAUCCUGGCCCAAGAAGAGAGAUUGGUUGGGCUCACAGACAAGUUGAAGGAUAUGAAUCGCGGGGCAAAGCACUUCAAGCACACAUCCCGUAAAGCGGUUCGUACGUACUGGUGGAAGAAUGUCAAGCUGGUUGUGGUCAUCGUGGUCAUCGUCCUCAUCAUCGUGCUCAUUAUUAUCCUACUGGCCACCGGUGUCAUCCCCGUCAGUGCCCCUGUACCGCCAAUUGUCUCACCCACAACUGGCCCAAGUCCAUAAAAACACAAACAUGAAGUAAUCGUACAUACAGACUUAAUCUGAUCAUUGAGAAUAUUUACACGGUUAUGAAAUAGGACAUUAAGCAAAUUGCAACUGUCUGUUGAAACCUCGUUUUUUAGGCUUUUUCCUGAACAAUGACUUUCAGUUUUUAGUUUUUCCUUUCAGGAUGUAUGUUCAAUUUAUGUAACUGUUGUCAAAUGAUGAUGUAUGGGGUUAAAGAAGUUUAGCAUCCAAAUUAUCCAGGCCUGAAUGAACGUCACCCAUUAUGUGUAUAGGUCGAAAUAUUGAUGUAAUUCCUUUGCUGUCCUCGUUACGUUACGUUUAAUGUACUGAUUUCAUUUUACUCCACUGUCACUCGAAAGACAGGCUGAAAUACACUUUAGGUGUCCCCAGAAAUUUUAUUUUUCUUGGUUUUGAACCUGGACAAUCCAUGUGGUAGUAAUUCAAUUUGCGUCCAUUUAAAUUGUCUCAAAAAAAAAAAAAAAAAACAAGCACAUAACAAUGUUUUUGUCAAAACUACCUUCUGUCAUGCUCCUGGCUUCCUGCCCAGGCUGGGCAGGGCCAGUCAAUUCACCAGAGCGCACCUGCACCUUGUUACAGCUGAUGACGCCCAGUAUAUAUAGGACUUGGGGGACGACUUGUCCUCCGCUAGAUCGUCGUCCUUGAUGAUUCGUUCCCGCACUCCCGUUCGUCUGACUACAACUCUCCGUGUACCGACCUCCGCCUGUUCCUUGACCCCGCUAUUGAGCCUGCCGCACGAAUACUUCUGCCUGGUUUGGACUGCCUACCUGAACACUGACCUUGGACUGAAUAAAGGUUUCCUCUGCACCGUCUGCGUGUCUCUGGAGUCGUGCAUUUGGGUCCGCCCUCGUGCUCCGUUCGUGACAGAACGAUCUAGCCAUAACAUGGACCCAGCCGACUCCGAAGCCAUCCGCCGUUCGCUGCAAGUUCAGGGCAAAUGCCUGGUCGAGCAGGAGGCUGCUCUCCAGGUUACUAAUCAACGGAUCCAUGAGCUCUGUGCCCAGCUGGAACCGUGGCUAGCUUCUCAAGCUAGCACGGCUGCUACGCCAACGAUGGUCGUUCCGCCUGUUACGGAGCCUCCCCGGGCCAGCAUAACUCCACUCUCCUGACCAGAGCGGUUCUCAGGUGACUCCGGCAACGUCAAGCCCUAGCUGGCGCAGUGCAACCUCCAUUUUGAACUGCAAGCGUCCGCUUUUCCCACGGACCGCUCCCGUAUCGUCUCCGUCAUUUCCCACAUGACGGGGAGGGCGUAGGCAUGGGCCACUGCCGAGUGGAGUCGUAACUCGGAGAUGUGCCAUUCAUGGUCGAGGUUCGUCUGCGCACUCACCCAGGUUUUCCAGUACACUGCUCCGGAAGGCCAGGCGGCGACCUCGCUCAUGACAAUUCGUCAAGGCCGUCGCCACGUGUCCGACUACGCUAUUGAAUUCCGGAUCUGGGCU